AUGGUACGUGCAAUGGAUGGCUAUAAUAAGAUUGUUUUCCCGCACUGCAACUGUGAUAGUUAUAAGAAUGGUGACAUUAUAUUGGCUACUGACUUUUCAAAACUGACUGUACAAGCAUGUGAUUACGAGGGUAAAACACAGGAUGAUGUUCUCAUAUUUGACUGGUCCGACAUUUUGACAUAUGAAAUUGUUGAUAAUGGUGCUGCAUUUACAUUUAAAUAUUCUCGACCAGGAAAGAAGUCCAAAACAGUCAAAUUUAAUACUCAGUUUGCUGUGUAUAUGAAUUUUUGUUUUUCGCGAAUAUUAGAAGAACAUCGGAGGCAUUCUGAAGUAAAUUUCACGAAAAAUAAAGACUAA